AAAUAGUAGCUUUUAUUUUCUUAUAAAUUUUUAAAAAGUGAAAUUAAAAGAGGAAAGAUAUCUAAAAUAUAUUGAAUAUUUCCAAAGCAUAUAUUAAAAUUACGCGGUCAAAAUGAUCGCUUUAUAAACUCGUCUCUUCUUCUCCUAACUCUUUCAUCAUCACUCUCUCUUUCUCUCUCUCUCAACCAAAAGAACAAUCCCGACUUUGCAUCUGUACUGAGGAUGCCAGCUACGGAUUUUCAGGGAACAUUCGGGAGGUCGUUGCUAAGUUUCCGGCGAGACCACCAAGUUGACUCUAACACACCCGCCGCCGGAAGUAGUAGCCACAGCAUGGAGGCUGAGCUAGAUUCUUUCCAGAGACAAGUCGCCGAGAAAUUCACCGAUCUCAACGCCUCCGGCGACGGCGACGGCGAGCUUCUCUCUCUAGAAUGGAUCGGAAAGCUUCUGGAUUCGUUUCUAUGCUGCCAAGAGGAGUUCCGAGCCAUCGUCUUCAACCACCGAUCUCAAAUCUCCACGUCUCCGAUGAACCGUCUGAUCUCCGAUUACUUCGAACGGAGCAUCAAAGCCCUCGACGUCUGCAACGCGAUCCGCGACGGUAUCGAGCAGAUCCGUCAAUGGCAGAAGCUCUCCGACAUCGUGAUCUCGGCUCUAGACAGCCGCCGUCCCGUCGGAGAAGGUCAGCUCCGGCGAGCGAAGAAGGCUCUGAUCGAUUUAGCGAUCGGGAUGCUCGACGAGAAAGAAACGAGUUUGGCUCAUCGCAACCGUUCGUUCGGGAGAGUCAAAGACAGCCACAAUCACCACCGUUCGAUGGGACACUUCAGAUCGCUCUCGUGGAGCGUCUCGAGGUCGUGGUCUGCUUCUAAGCAGUUGCAAGCCUUGGCGAGCAACUUAAAUACGCCUCGGCAAAACGACGUCGUCGCGAGCAACGGUUUAGCCGUACCGGUUUACACGAUGGCGUCAGUUUUGUUGUUCGUGAUGUGGGUUUUGGUGGCUGCGAUUCCUUGUCAGGAUCGUGGGUUGCAAGUUAAUUUCUUCGUGCCGAGGCAGUUCCAGUGGGCGGCUCCGGUUAUGUCGCUGCACGAUAAGAUCGUGGAGGAAUCGAAGAGGAGGGACAGGAAGAAUUGUUGUGGGUUGCUUAAAGAGAUUGGUCGGAUUGAGAAGAGUUCGAGAGUGAUGAACGAGCUGAUCGAUUCGAUUCAUUUUCCGAUGAGCGAGGAGAAGGAGAUUGAGGUGAAACAGAGAGUGGAGGAGCUUGUGGAGGUUCAUGAGGCUUUGAAAAAUGGGUUGGAUCCGUUUGAGAGGAAAGUGAGAGAAGUUUUCCAUCGGAUUGUUCGAAGCAGAACCGAGAAUCUUGAUUCUCUUUGUUAAUGGCCUUGGCCUGAACAUGUUUGUUUGUCCUAAUAUGAUGAUUCAUUCAUAUUCGGAUUUUUUUUUUAUCUUUUUUGAUCACUGUAAGAAAGAGUGUAGAAGUCUUCUUCUUAUCUCUCUGUGAAGCUGAUAGAGAUGAUGUUUUUCUUUGUGUA